AUGACAACCGUCGCAGACUUUCUCGCCUCGUGCGCGCUCGACGCGUACGCCCCGCGAUUCAUCGAACAAGGAAUAGAGACAUUGGACGACCUCAGAUACGAGCGCGAUCUUGACUCGCUGAUCGAGGACGUUGGCUUGCUCGACGCCGACGCUGAAAAGUUUAGAGUUGCCCUGAAGCGCGCUCUGAGCGCCGAUAAAACGACGAACAGCGAGAAGAAGAGCGACGGGAGGGAAGAACCGAGCUCGAACGAUCUCGCGCGAGCGGUGGCGAGCGCGGUGGCGAGUUCGAGGGCGCGUCAAGGGCUCGAUGGUGGGAGCGGAACGGCGAGAGGCGACGCCGGCGUCGGCGGCGCGGUGAGGAUGGGCGGGGCAAAAGCGAGCGAUCACGCGCCGAAAUUAUCAGUCGACGCGGUUGUGACGGAGGAAAUCAAUGCGCGAUUGGGUGUGGCGACGGGGAGCGAGAUUGAGGACAUUCUGGACGCGCAUCGGGAAAAGGAUUUCCUGCGUUUGCUCAAGCUUCGAGACGUGCCGAUGGAUAAUCUCGGUAGAGUGGAUUGGGGGGGGCACGAGGCGAUGAAAACGACGGAAAUAGCGAUGCGAUGCAAGUUGCUGACGUUGCGUUUGGACUCUUCUCGGAAUUCCCAUCCGCUGGCGGCGCGCGCGAAGCGCGCGGUGAAGAAUACGCUGGAUUUGUUGAGCCAUAAGGAUACGAGGAAGGAGUACUUGACGCUCGCGGUGCGCAACAAGGUUGAGAAACUGCGCGCGCAGGGGAAACUCACGGGCGGUGGCUACGUUUCGAUAACGGGGGUGCACUACGGCACGGGAGCGGCGGCGGUGCGCGCGGCGGAGGAGAAUUACGUGUCCAAGGACAUGAUGAAUGAGAUACCGACGUACGACGCUUCGAUUCACGCCCCGGACGCCGAGCUCGACGCCAUCGAAGUCGAGCGAAAGAUGGAAACUAAGAAGACGUCCGCUCCCAAGGUGGACGUCUCGAGCAUUCGAGCAAAACUCGCGAGCAAGAAUAAAAAACCAAAAUUCAUGUGA